GGGCUGAGGUUCACCCCUUUCUGUAACUUCCUUGUCGCAUCAGUUUCUUCCACAUAUAAUGCAUUUUAUUGCUCACAUUUUUUGUAUAUAACCAACAACUUGUACUCAGAAAUGCACCACUUUCAUUGAAUCUUUCUCUCACUCUUGCAGAUUUUUGGUAUUAUCAAUAUUAUUAUUAUUAUUAUUAUUGAUUGGUGUGUAGCCGUCGUUUCUUGUCGCCAAUUGAAAACCCCCAAUUUUGGUAACUUGGGGCUUGCUUUCCAAUCUCUUUCAAUUUCGAGUUCUUGAGUGGGUUUGUGUCUGAAACCUUGCAAAAAAGGUUUGCAGAUUUUGAAGAUGGGGGACAAGAAUGAAGUUCUUGAUGCUGUCCUCAAGGAAACUGUCGAUUUGGAAAAUAUCCCAAUUGAGGAAGUGUUCGAGAAUCUGAGAUGCACCAGAGAAGGCCUCACAAGUGUUGCUGCUGAGGAGAGAUUAGCCAUUUUUGGACACAACAAGCUCGAGGAGAAGAAGGAGAGUAAGUUCUUGAAGUUCUUGGGGUUUAUGUGGAACCCUCUUUCGUGGGUUAUGGAAGCUGCAGCUAUAAUGGCCAUUGCCCUUGCCAAUGGAGGGGGAAAGCCUCCGGAUUGGCAGGACUUUGUCGGGAUUAUAACGCUGCUCUUGAUCAACUCUACGAUCAGUUUCAUCGAGGAGAACAAUGCCGGCAAUGCUGCUGCUGCCCUCAUGGCGCGGCUUGCUCCAAAAGCGAAGGUUUUGAGAGACGGGAGGUGGAAUGAGGAAGAGGCGUCGAUUUUAGUCCCCGGCGACAUUAUUAGUAUUAAGCUCGGCGACAUAAUUCCUGCCGACUCUCGUUUGCUCGAGGGCGAUCCGCUGAAAAUCGAUCAGUCAGCGUUAACGGGCGAGUCUCUUCCGGUGACAAAGGGGCCGGGAGACGGCGUCUACUCGGGUUCGACGUGUAAACAGGGCGAGAUCGAGGCUAUCGUCAUCGCCACCGGCGUCCACACCUUCUUCGGAAAAGCGGCGCACCUCGUCGACAGCACGAAUCAAGUCGGGCACUUUCAGAAGGUUUUGACGUCAAUCGGGAACUUCUGCAUCUGUUCGAUCGCCGUCGGGAUGGUCAUCGAGAUAGUAGUGAUGUACCCGAUUCAGCACCGCGAGUAUCGCCCGGGGAUCGACAAUCUCCUCGUCCUUCUCAUCGGCGGGAUCCCGAUCGCGAUGCCAACCGUCCUGUCCGUGACGAUGGCAAUCGGGUCUCAUCGUUUGGCCCAACAGGGCGCGAUUACGAAGAGAAUGACGGCUAUAGAAGAAAUGGCGGGCAUGGAUGUGCUCUGCAGCGACAAAACCGGGACGUUGACGCUGAACAAGCUCACCGUGGAUAAGAAUCUCAUCGAGGUUUUUGCCAAAGGGGUCGACGCGGAUACCGUCGUUCUGAUGGCAGCUCGAGCCUCCCGUACUGAAAACCAGGACGCGAUCGACACUGCUAUAGUCGGAAUGCUGGCUGAUCCGAAAGAGGCUCGAGCUGGCGUGCACGAGGUGCAUUUUCUUCCGUUUAACCCUACGGACAAGCGAACUGCUUUGACGUACAUAGACAGUGAAGGGAAGUGGCAUAGGGUCAGCAAAGGCGCUCCCGAGCAGAUUCUAAACCUCGCGCACAAUAAGGCGGACAUCGAGCGCCGAGUUCAUGCUGUGAUCGAUAAAUUUGCAGAACGAGGGCUAAGAUCGCUCGCCGUUGCAUACCAGGAAGUUCCGGAGAGGUCGAAAGAGAGUCCCGGCGGGCCGUGGCAGUUCAUUGGCCUCUUGCCACUCUUUGAUCCGCCGAGACAUGACAGCGCCGAAACUAUAAGACGAGCGUUGAAUCUCGGGGUUAAUGUUAAAAUGAUUACCGGCGAUCAGCUUGCGAUAGGGAAAGAAACUGGACGAAGGUUAGGAAUGGGAACUAACAUGUAUCCUUCGUCCGCGUUGUUGGGGCAGAAUAAGGAUGAAUCGAUUGCUGCUCUACCGAUCGACGAACUCAUUGAGAACGCCGAUGGUUUUGCCGGUGUCUUUCCCGAGCACAAAUAUGAAAUCGUGAAGCGCCUACAAGCGCGAAAACACAUUUGUGGAAUGACCGGCGACGGGGUGAAUGAUGCGCCAGCUUUGAAGAAAGCAGAUAUCGGCAUUGCAGUCGCGGAUGCAACUGAUGCAGCUCGGAGCGCCUCCGAUAUUGUCCUAACUGAACCCGGCCUCAGCGUGAUCAUAAGCGCCGUCUUAACCAGUCGAGCAAUCUUCCAAAGGAUGAAAAAUUACACGAUUUACGCUGUUUCUAUUACAAUCCGUAUCGUGGUUGGUUUUAUGCUUUUGGCGUUGAUCUGGAAAUUUGAUUUCCCGCCUUUUAUGGUGCUUAUUAUUGCCAUACUAAACGACGGUACAAUCAUGACCAUAUCGAAAGAUAGAGUGAAACCUUCGCCACUUCCGGAUAGCUGGAAGCUCGCUGAGAUUUUUGCCACCGGAAUCAUUCUUGGCGGCUACUUGGCAAUGAUGACGGUCAUAUUCUUUUGGGCAGCAUACAAAACUGAUUUCUUCCCGCGCGUAUUUGGUGUAUCGACUCUUGAGAAAACUGCUCACGACGACUUUAGAAAGCUCGCUUCGGCAAUAUAUCUACAAGUGAGCACUAUCAGUCAGGCUUUGAUAUUCGUUACAAGAUCACGAAGCUGGUCGUACGUCGAGCGCCCUGGUUUGUUGCUCGUAGCAGCGUUUGUGAUCGCUCAACUGGUCGCUACUCUGAUCGCGGUGUAUGCAAGUUGGAGCUUCGCUGCCAUCGAAGGAAUUGGAUGGGGUUGGGCCGGGGUGAUUUGGCUUUACAACAUCAUAUUCUACAUCCCGCUCGACAUCAUCAAAUUCCUCACACGCUAUGCUCUCAGCGGGAGAGCUUGGGAUCUUGUUCUCGAGCAACGGAUUGCUUUCACGAGGCAAAAGGAUUUCGGAAAAGAGCAGCGCGAGCUAGCGUGGGCACACGCGCAGAGGACCCUUCAUGGCCUGCAAGUGCCCGACACCAAAUUGUUCAACGAAACCACCAAUUUCUCGGAGCUCAACCAGCUGGCGGAGGAAGCGAAAAGAAGAGCGGAGAUAGCAAGGUUGCGAGAGCUGCACACUCUGAAGGGGCAUGUCGAGUCCGUGGUGAGGCUGAAGGGUCUCGACAUAGAGACGAUCCAGCAAUCGUACACUGUGUAAGAACACUACAACCGCGUAGAAACCGUCAGCCUCGGUUACAUUUCAAACCAACGACCGAUGGAUUUAUGCACGAGUGUAUUACUAGAACCGUGCUGACUUCGCAACUUUGAUUCUUGCAUCGAAGACUUCGAUAGGUUCACUAUUUCAGAUACGUUUCAAACUCUGCAUCUCUUCAUAUAUUAUCGUUCUCCGUCAUGCUUAUACUUGUUUGUCGCCUUCGAAAACAAUACAAUACCUCAAACCGUCGUAUGUUUA